GAGCGAGCGGAGACGAGGCAGGGAGAGCAGACAGUCGCCGCCGUCGCCUGUGCGCGCCGGAGAGGAUUGGCAGCCGGCAGGCAGGCAGGCAGGAUGCUGUUGCCGGGGGACUGCGCGACCUCAGUGCGGCGGGGCUCCCCGUCCACCCGCCGCCGCCGCCACUGCUGCUGCUGAGCUGAGCUUCUUGGGCCGGCGGUUCGGUGCCUCUGCGGUGCAGCCUGCGCGCGCCCGCCCGCCCGCCGGGAUCCUCCACGCGCUGAGCGGGCGCAGGCUCGGGGAUGAAGCAGGCGAGCCCGGAGCCGGGGCAACUGCAGGGCCAACCGGCGGCGGCUGGGAGGGAGCCCGAUGCCCGCUGGACGAGGGACAGCCCCAAGAACGAGACGACGGAGGCGGAGCGGCUGCGCACCCGGGAGCGGCUGGAGGCCACCCUCGCCGGGCUGGCCGAGCUGGAGUUCCUGCGCCAGCGCCAGGAGCUGCGCGUCAAGCGCUUGCUGGCGGCCCCGGCCGCCGCCGCCCCUCUGGCGGGGAGCGUCUCCGGGGAGACAGCGGGCGAUGGGGCCGCCGCCGCCCCUCGCAGCUUGGAGGAGAAGUUUCUGGAGGAGAACAUCCUACUCCUGCGGAGGCAGCUGAACUGCCUGAGAAGGAGGGACGCCGGCUUGUUAAACCAGUUGCAAGAACUAGACAAGCAGAUCAGCGAUCUGAGACUGGAUGUUGAAAAAACGGCAGACGAGCACCUCGAGACAGACAGUCGUCCCAGCUCAGGCUUUUAUGAGCUGAGCGAUGGGGCUUCUGGGUCACUCUCCAACUCCUCCAACUCUGUUUUCAGUGAGUGUUUAUCGUGUUGCCCCUCCAGCACUUGCUUCUGCAGCCCUUUGGAGGCAUCCUUGAGCAGCUCCGACGGACGGCCCAAGUCGGCAGAUCUCAUCGGCUGGCUAGAAUACAAUAAAGGGAGUCAACAGGAGGACCGGUCUGUGGGGAUGGUCUGUCGCUCACCUUCCACGCCACACUCCAGUUCCCUUGAUGCGGUUGCAGACGUGCAUCCAAAAUACCAGUGCGACCUGGUGUCCAAAAACGGGAACGACGUGUACCGCUACCCUAGCCCCUUGCAUGCAGUCGCAGUCCAGAGCCCCAUGUUUCUUUUACCAGUGACUGAUAGCCCCCCAAGAGAAGAGGAAGAGAGAGUCAGUAGCAACAUUGUUGACCGUUGUGAUGGACCCGAACUCGACUCGGCAAAAUCAGGCGCCUCCUCCUGUCUCCCGCACAACUCUCAUUCGGCAUCCUGCACCCCAGCCAACAGGAAAAUGGACAGCUACAUCUUGAGCCUUGUGCAGAAAAAGACCCCUUCGGUGAGGACUAACAAAUUGAGAACGAAUCUGAACGCAGACCCCGCCAAAGGGAUUUUGAGACACGGGAGCCUGUGCGUUCGGCAGGCCGCUGGGGUUGCCAACAACAGUGCUGCUAAUCUUAAGAACCCAAGCCAGGCCUUUCCCCAUUCCAGUGGAACUGCCACGCCACUAGAUAACAGCGCCUUCUCCCCCAUAAAGCAGCAUGCAAGAGAAACGGAGCAUUUGGAGACCAAAAAGAUGCCUUUGCCCACAGCCUUGCCGCUAAAUGCCAACAGCGAACUUCAAAGCAAACAGCAGACAAGGAAUGUCAAACUUCAAGAGGCAUUGCGGGGUCCUGUAGCAAACAAGGGUGACGUGCCCAAGGAAAGUGGCCAAACCUUUGUGGCAUGUCCUAAAGAAAGCCCUUCCCAUCACAUGAUGCCCCUGAAGGAAACAAAAGCCCUCCAGCUGCCCAGAAAGAUCCCGUUCAAAAGCAACGGGGCACAAGCUGCUCGCUCUGUUUCGCCACUGCAGGAGACCAGGCCGCUGGAUUUCAAGAGCGAGGGGUCGUCCUCCCAGAGCCUGGAGGAGGGGCUGCUGGUGAAUGCCCAGUUCAUACCAGCUCAGCCACAAACCGUCAGACUUCACAAAGGCGGCAGGAGUGUCAAGCUCCUCAAAAGCUCUAUGGCGAAACAGAGGCCCCAUCUUGUCACCGUGCUGGAAAAUGGGCCACAGGCUGGGCGGGAGAAAGGCAAACCCUCCGGCAAAAAGUGCCGUUUCCCAGAUGACCUGGAUACAAAUAAGAAGCUGAAAAAGGCCACCUCCCGAGGGAGGAAAAGUAGCCACCUGCCGCCAGAGACUGCCCUCCUGAGUCGGCCACCUGGCGUUCUUAAGACCGUGAUGAGGCCCCACGGGCACGGCAGAGAACCAGUGGUGGCCAAACCUAAGCACAAGAGGGCUGAUUAUCGCCGCUGGAAACUAUCAGCAGAGGUCUCUUAUGAAGAAGCCCUCAGGAGGGCCAGGAGGACCCGGAGAGAAGCCCUCGGGGCCUACUCGCAGGUUCCCCAUCCUUACGUCAGCCCCUACAACUGCAUCGCUAGCGACUCGGAGUAUUCGGCGGAGUGCGAAUCCCUUUUCCACUCCACCGUAGUGGACACCAGUGAAGAUGAACGGAGCAACUAUACCACAAACUGCUUUGGGGAUAGCGAGUCCAGUCUGAGUGAGGUGGAGUUUGUUGGCGAGAGCACAACAACCAGUGACUCGGAUGAAAGUGGGGGGCUCAUUUGGUCCCAGUUUGUCCAGACACUUCCCAUCCAGGCAGUUGCUGCCGCUUCGGAGCUCCAUGAAAAUGCAGCCAAAGCCUUUGUUAAGAUUAAAGCCUCGCAUAACCUCAAGAAGAAAAUCCUCCGCUUUCGGUCUGGCUCUCUCAAACUGAUGACUACUGUCUAAAAUACAUAACUGUUGAUGAUGGCAGUGAUUUACAUGCCUGCCAGUGGAACAUCUGCGUGUCUAUGCAAGGCAGCCUUCCCCAACCUGAUGCCUUCUAAGUGUCUUUGGUUACAAGUCCCAUCAGCUUCAGCCAGCAUGGCCAGUGGUCGGGGAUGAUGGGCGAUGUAGGCCAACAGCAUCUGGAGGGCACCAGGUUAGGGAAGCAUGAUGUAAGGGUAUGUCUGCACUUGUGAGUUUUUGAUGUGUUGUAGGCACACCUGUUCAGGGUGUAGAAGCAACACAAGCCAGCUCCAAGAUUUGGGCCCCCUUGAGGAAAGGCACUUUUGAGGGGGGGGGCUUCCCUUGCAAGAGGUGGGGUGCCCCACUGGAGAAUUCAUGGUAUCUUCCAGCAAUCUUUUCAGGCACCUUAUGGCAUUGGUGUUGGGAGGCAGAGGGCCCUUUGCUGGUCUUUGGGUGAGGGCAGCGAAAUGGUGUGCCUGGCCACCCCCUGGAGAGGCAGAGAUGCUCCCGACACUCAAGUUGACCUUGCCUUGAUCCCCGGGUCCUUUCAGACUCAUCCUGUGCUCUUUGGGCAUUUGUAGUCCACUUGCACAAAGAACAGCCCAGAAAUACUUGCACACAGGAAGCUCCUCCCCUUGGCUGCUGGUUGAAAUGGCAAACUGGGGCGCUUGUCCGCAAGUAGAUUUGCUUGCAGUCAGGUUGUGUGUUUGCUGCUCGAAACACCAACUUGCGAUGCUGGCUUGCCGGGAGAUCUUCAUGCAAGUAGAUGCUUUGAGCUUGCAGGGCUGCCUCUCCAGACUUUGAAGAAUGUCGCAAGGAUGUUAGCACCAUAGGCAACCAGGCAAGUGGCUAUUUACAAGGUGAACAAAGCCUUGCUCUAUGCAGAACCUCCCCCCCCCCAUGGCUUGGUGCUGCUUCCCUACUUUCCGGAUGUGUGCUAAUAUGCCAAAACUAAGCUGCCUUGCAGACAUGCCCUGUAUGACCACGCAUGCGCUCAAGUGCACAUCUCCCUACUUAUAUGAAACAAGGUGCUUGUAAAUAUUUUCCCGAAAUGCAGUUUUGUUUUGUUUUAAAAUGCACAUAUUUAAAUCGUUAAUGGACUGCUUAAACAAUGUCACUUGAACCUCCCAACUUUUCUGUUGGAUACUAGUGCCUUUUAAGUGGCAAAACACAGGCCACUGUGCUAGUUUUUAACAAAGGAACCGUGCCACCAAUUUUGCAACUGUGAUGGCUUCACUGCAUAGGAGCAGAAAACUCCUGGAGCAAGCAUUGAUUACAUUCCUCUCUCCAAGCUGGGGAUGGGUUAAGGGACAUGUGGAUCCUAGGCUGAACCUUAUAUCCUUGAUUUAUACAAAGUCGCUUCUCUGCCUCUGAUUGCAGAGGCAAAAAGCAAGCCAUUUUCACACACAUGCAAACAAAUGGACUGACGGAUGGUUUUGAGCAGAGGUGUUUCAGUCUUCUGCAGCCUUGCUUUAAAAAAAAAAAAAAAAAACAGAAACCCUACAGUCCGUUUAUGUGGGUUUUAAAAAAACCACUUGCAAAGCUAGAGUGCAUUUUUAGGAUCUCAUAGAAAGAUGCCUUAGACCAAGCCAGAUUGCUUGUCCAUCUAGCCUAGUACUGUAUACUCUGACUGGCAGCAGACAGAGGUCUUUCGUGCCACUUACAACCUGUCACCUAUUUAACUGGAGAUGCCAGGUAUUGAACCUGGGAUCUCUUGCAUGCCGCUGAACUGUGGCAAUAUAAAUCUGCCUUAGAGGACUGUUCCAUUUAAUCCAGUGCUCUCUAACGUGGCUAGGAGCAUUUCUCCAAGGUGAUGGCGGAAGUGUUUCCUGGCACUGCUACAAGAGAUGAUGAGGAUUGUUCCUGGGACCUUCUGCACAUGUUCUACCUCUGAGCUGUUAGUCUCUUUCCAUCCCUUGCCAGCUGAAGCACAACUCUUGCUAGUGUUAAUGAGUAAGUGCUCUUGCUUGGUUACAGGGACUGAGGUCCGCCUAGCCUUGUAUUCUUUGUUGAGAAUCCCAGGAAACUCUGGUUGGACACAGUGCAGAAUGUGGACUGCGGCAAAAUUGGCUGAGUAGCCUGGAGUCCGAAGAACAUGCCCUCUAAUUGCUGUUUUUAAAAUUAUUUGCUUUGGAUUAAAACUUGGGAGAGUAUGUUUCAUAUGAUGAGAGGCAGGAAGGAGCACUGAAACAAAAUACUGCACAAAUGUUGAAAUCCAGCAAAGCCUCUGAAUUUUGAAACCCAGUGUUUUCAGCUGCAAACUGAUUUUCACAUGUUUUGAAAGUCAACACUGAUGGGAUACUUUUUUAAAAAUAUAUGCACACACACACAGCUUAAAACUUGUACUGUUAAAUAUCAGUUUGCCAAAUUUAAGACUUGUAGAUCUUAUUUGUACUCCAGAACCACCUGAAUAGACCAUUGGGAAUGUUAUAAUGUCAAGUGGGUUCAUUACUAUUGUUGUUUUGCAAUUUUGUACCUAAAUGUUUUUUUUAAAAAACAACAAAUUGGGCUUUUUUAAAAACAAAAAAACACACAAAUGCCAGAUUGGAGGAGAUGCAGGUGUGCAAGCUUGAGGUUACUGGUGUCUACCUUGUUUUUUUUACUAGAAGACCACCAGUGCUAUACUGGAGCUCCGUGUAACAUUGUGGCAGGGACAGACGUGCUCAGAAUUAAGGAGAAUUAAGGAGGAUGUGCUUAGCCCAUAGAAUUUAUUUUUCCAUCAGAACUGAAGUUACAUCCCUUUCGCGCACACACAAAAACACCACCCUUGUUUCCCUUCCUCCCCAUAAGCUUCUCUUGGUUUCACCUGAUGAAUUUAGGGGUGGGAGGAUGCCUUUUAGAUGUUGCUGUUCAACGUGCAUCAUGUGCAUUACUUAGCUGUAAUAACUCAGUGGAGGAUCUGUAGCUCAGUGGUAGAGCAUCUGCCUUGCGUGCAGAAGGUCCCAGGUUCAAUCCCCAGCCUCUCCAGGUAAAGCGGGAGAGACAUCCUUGCUUGAAACUGGAGAGCCGCUGCUUAAGUAUAUGGCAGCUUCCUGUGUUUGUUAAGACAGUUUUGGGAAGCCACCUUACAAUGAGGCAGAACAAUGACGUGGCGAAAUCAGUACUCUCUGCACCGGGGUAGUCACUGUGGUGCCCUCUAGAUGUUGCCGGACUGCCAACUCCCAUCAGCCAGCAUGGGAAAUGGCCAGGGAUGAUGGGAGUUGUAGUCCAACAGCAUCUGGAAGGGCACCGUGUUGGCAGCCUCUGGUCUACAGUGACCGAUGGCAAACCUGGGACCUUUGGCAUGCAAAGCUCUGCCACUAUGCCACAGCCACGCUCCUUGGCGUGAACCAAGGCGGUCUCAAAAGGCCUUGAAAGCUGGCAGCCUCCAUAGGCAGUAGAAGUCUCAGUCCGUCCACACAUGCAAUUUUACCCUGUGUGCGUUCCGAGAAUUAAAGCACAAAUUCCCACUUCUUAAACCCAAGCUGGCAGAAGCCUGUGAAUCAGGGGGGUCAGGUGGGGAACCUAUUUCAGCCCAGGGGCCACGCUCCCUUAUGGGCAACCUGGAGGCAAUUGCAUGUGGGUGGUGGCAGGGCCAAAGGAAAAGUGGAUGGAGCCGCAGGUGUGAUUGUUUUGUAGAGUAGCCUACAGUCAGUCAGUUUGUGUGCACACCCCCCCACACACACACGCAUCUCUUCCUCAGGAGCAGACAGACGGGACACACCUGGCCUCCUGGCUGCGGCAUUGAUGCCACUUACCAGGAGAGGAGAAGAGAGGCGGUGGGGAGGUUGGCACAGUGUGGCGCACACUGGCAGAGCCAAUCCGGGGCUUCCACUAGUGCACCCACACAGUAACACCACAACCCAUCUGCUGGCUCCUCCUCCAUCCUAGCAAGCAAGAGGCAUUAUCAUACUUCGAGAAUGCACGAAAGAACUCGAGGAGGGUUUGGAGCACAGUCAGGGAGAAGUGUAGCCAAGGAAGAGGGCCAUGGCCUGGGCAGAGUCCCAAGCAGGGUUGUAGUUGUGCAGGGUCUCGGAGGGUCUUAGACACUGGAAUCGGUCCCAGCAGGGUUCCUAUGUCUCCAGCAUCCUACAAGCCAAUCAGCAUGAAAGGGGAGUGUGUUAGCCACUGUGAAGAGUCUUCUAACAUGCUUCCUUGUCCUUUCCUGCGGAUUGGAGUAAAAGGAGAUGAGUCAAACACUGAGAAGACCCUUCUCAGUAGCUAACACUCGUAUUUCAUGCUUACUGGUUCCUAGGCAUUAUCAAGGAUCUCAUUCUCAACCCCACAGCAAAAAAUUGGGAAGGGGGCAUGCGUGGUUGUGAUUGACAUGAAGGGACCCUGCACUUCUGAAUUUGCCACUACACUACUGGUCCCAAGGGCCAGUUAGAGAGGCCUGGAGGGUCGCCAUAUCCGUGGGCCUGAGGGCCGCUGCUGAAGACGUUGCCAUCUCCUAUACUUCCUUCCUAAGAACAAUCAUGCAGGCGGCCAAAGUUAUUACAGUGAAAGCUGCAGGUUUGUGCCAUUAUUCACAUUUCAGAUGAGUUCUGCCUGCACAACUGGCUGCUUUGCACAUGCCUGUUUCUGAGCUCUUGCCCAUUCUGCUCAUCUAGCCGGGCUAGCGGAUGGUUUUUACAAAUAAAAAAUAGAAACAAAGCCUGCAGUUGAAAUAGACAGCCUCUGCUUUCCUGUCAUGUGAAAAGGAAUGAUCAUCCCAAUGUUAUGAGGCAGCGCUUCAAAUGACUUCAGUGUUUUCCAUGGUUUUAAACGAGGGAAAUUUACAAUCUGUCAGGAAUUAUGAAUGGGUAUAGCAGAAGAAUUGUGUUGGAUAUAUUUCUCAUAGCAAAUAGACAGACUUGGGCUACAUUCACACCAUACAGUUAUUCAAUCCAUUCCCACCAUUAUAUUUGUGAUUCCACUUUAAAGAGUCAUGGCUUCUCCCAAAGAAUCCUGGGAAGGAUAGUUUGUGAAAGGUGCUUUGUUAAGAGACAUUCUUACAGAGCUACAAUUCCCCGGGAGUAGUUUAACAGUUAAUCUCUUUUCCCAGGGAACUCUUGACAUUGUAGAUCUGAGGGGAAUAGGAAUCACCUAACAGCUCUCAGCACCCUUCACAAACUACACUUCCCAGGAUUCUUUGGGUGGAAGCCAUGACUGUUUAAAGUGGAAUCAAUAUAUGGUGUGAAUGUGGCCUUGGCGUUGUCAUCUAGUCUGAAUCUCCGUUUGAGCGGGAUUCUGUGCUACAGUGUUCUGUAGCAUGAUGGUUAAUCCGGUCUUGCCUCUGCCUGGUUUUGCUGUUUCUGGGCCUUGCACUACUAGACUAUCAAAGCAUAAAGUCUUGAAUGUGUGGUGCAAUUUCAGUGUGACAGUUUUGCUCCUUGACCCUCAGAGUCCAUUUCUAGCAACAUAGGAAGAGUCAUGCUGGAUCAAUCCAAAGGCCCAUCUAGUCCAAGAGGUCAGGAACUUCAUGCCCCCCACAGGCCACACCCCUUCUCCCCAGGCCACACCCCUUCACCAGCCCUGCUUCGCACCCUGGAUAUUUUGCCUGGCUGGGCUGCGUCCUUGAACUCUGAUCAUGCCUUGCUUGCCUGGAUGGAGGACAGAGAAGGCUCUGAGUGUGUGCGUGCAAACUAGCCUUCUGUACAAAAGUACAUUUGUUGCUCCGCUCACUUUUGCUUCUGGCCCUGCCCACCACUGGCUUGUGGCCCUCGGGAGGUUGUCCAGAAAGGAAUGUGGCCUUGGGGAUGAAAAAGGUGCUCCACCCUCGAUCUAGUUCAGCAUCGCAUUUCUUGCAGUGGCCAACCACAUGCCUGUUUUGAGAAGCCCACAAGAAGGAUGACCCGCGGGCAAAGCCUUUCUUUACUGUUCUCGUGUCUGGUAUUCAGAGGUUGCCUGAGGCCUCUGAUCCUUGAGGGAGUGCACAGCUAUCCUGACUAGUUGCCAUCAGUAGCCUUAUCAUCCAUGAAUUUGUCUGAUCUUCUAUAAAGCCAUCUUAAGUUGGUGGCUGUCACCACAUCUUGUAGUAGCAGAUUCCAUCGUUUUAUGUAUUGCGCAAAGAAGCCUUCUGUCCUGAAUCACCUUUACUGAGGAUGACCCUGAGUUGUAGCAGAGAGAAAAAUGUCUCUCUUCCCACGUUCUCCAGUCUACAUCUCUAAUUUCAUAACCCUCCUUUCCUGCCCACCCCCUUACCUUUUUUCUAAACCGAUGAUUCCCAGACUUUGCCCCCCACAGACUACCUGCAAAUUGCCGAGGGUCUUGGCAGACCACUUGCUCAUUUUUCUGCUUGAUGUAGCAAUUGUAAUGCGCUGCGCUAGAUACUGUAUGAUUUUGAAUUGUAUUUUGAAUUGAUUUUUCUUUGAUCUCUUGCAUUGUAUUUCAUUGCAUUGCAGUUCAAAUGCCAUGGAGUACAAUAUAAACCACAAUAACAAAAAGUAAAAUGCAAUAUAAGAAGUAAAAGUAAUGAAAUACAAUUAAAAAUCAAUAUGCAUAUUUAAUCCACUGCGCCCUCGUUCAUAGCUGCUGCUUCAACUAUUCUUCACAGACGCACCUCGAACCACCUCAGUGAAGCUCAUGGACCUUUGGUGGACCACAGUUUGGGAACCCCACAUGUCACUUUUCCUUCAUGUGGGAGUCACUGCAUCGCCUCAAUCAUUUUGGUUACCCUUUUCUGUACAUUUUCCCAGCUCUACUAUGUCCUUUUUGAGAUGUGGCAAACAGAACUAUACACAGUAUUCCAAGUGUUUAAUGCCCUGGCUGUUACCUGGCUUGGUUUCCCAUCCUUGGAACUCUGGGGAAAGCCAAGAAGUCUUUUUCUGUGUACAUUGUGUAAUGUUUGUUUUCUUAAAACCCACACAGAUAUGCAUGUUGUGAGCAUGAGCGUCGGGUCGUGUUAAUAUUUCCGUCAGUGUCAAAAAACUACAUCAUAAGCAGCUGUGUUUUAUAUCUAUAUAUAAACCAUACCGCUUUGUAAAUUAAUAUAAU